AUGGACAAUGAGGAACAAGUGCCGUCACAGACCGCUCAGGCAUUGACCAUUGAGUCCUCUGAGGCGCAGGAAGCACGAGACGAGGACGAGUAUGAAGCUGCCACAAGCAAGCGCACAGAGACCAUGAUCAAGCACUUGCAGGCGAACUUCAAGGUUAAGGAG